GGGUAAUUUUAAGCUUGGAAAAGUCGGCAACUUACCAGAAUUUUCCAGCAAGAACCGAAGCUGCAGGGGGAAAGAGGCCGGCGGGAAUUCUCUGCAGGGGACUCAUGGCUCUACCAGAAAUUGGAAGGGAAUAAAGCAAUUAAAGUAAACCCAACCUAAAUCAAAGUGAAAGAGAGGGAUUCGUGGCUAGAUCUUACCAAAAAAGCCCAAGAAUCGCACCCAACAGAAACGGCUCGCGGACAGGGGAAGAAGACUAGAGUAGAUUCGGGAUUUUCUGGGUCCAACAGGUGUUCUAAAACAAGGAAAUAGAGAGAAAUCCCUAAGCUUUGCCGGAUUUCCGGCCGGAAAAUGGGUGGUGGUGGCUGGGGAGUUCGUCGGGUGCAGAGGGUCGGGGGAGAGGAAGAGCAGGGCACGCGUUUCAAUAACAAACUUAAAGAGGAAAGUUGGGUGAGGGAAAAAGGCAAGAGGUGUGAGCAACACUUGAGAGAAAAGCCAAGUUCUACAGUGAGCAAAACACGAGUGUUGAGUGCCAUUAUGUUUCAAUCAUGUCAAGCGGUGAUGACAAAUCAACCACUGGAAGACACCAUGUGGAUGAAUCUCUCAUGCUCAAAGCAAUGCAACAAUAAUUUCAAAGACUGGACAUCAUGUUUGGAGGACAAGACACAAACGUCCUCAACUCUUAGGCACCAAUUUGGGCAUAAGAUUGAGAACACCAACCGUGAAUCUCAAGGUAAAACCGACACUUCUACUACUCGAAAUCAUGAUAUUAAGUGCUUUAGAUGUCAAGGCAGGGGUCACAUAGCGAGUCAAUGUCCAAACAAGCGGGUUAUGGUGAUGCAAGACAAUGGUGAAAUUGUGAUCAAAGAUGAAGAUUCUGACACCGAUGAAAUGCCACCAUUGGAGGACACCUAUGAGGAGGAGUUUGCUGUACAUGGAGAUUUGUUGGUGGCGAGGAGGGCUUUAAGUGUGCAAGCAAAAGACGUGAAUGAAGUGCAACGAGAGAACAUCUUUCACACUAGGUGCUAUGUCAAAGAUAAGGUAUGUAGUGUGAUUAUUGAUGGUGGUAGUUGUACUAAUGUUGCUAGCACAACCAUGGUGGAAAAAUUAGGAUUGCCUACGUUGAGACACCCUAGUCCGUACAAGUUGCAAUGGUUGAAUGAUAGCGGCAAGGUAAAGGUAAACAAACAAGUGUUAGUUGCAUUUCGAAUCAAAAAAUACGAAGAUGAGGUACUUUGCAAUGUUGUUCCAAUGCAUGCUGGGCACUUGUUGUUAGGACGACCAUGGCAAUUUGAUCGACGAUUCAAGUAUGAUGGGUUUACCAAGAAAUACUCUUUUGUUCUCAAUCAGCGUCCAAUCACUCUUGUACCUUUGACAUCCCAACAGGAUUACGAAGAUGUAUUUCCCAAAGAAACACCACCUGGAUUACCUCCAAUAUGAGGGAUUGAACAUCAAAUUGAUUUUGUACCUGGUGCGAUAAUUCCAAACCGACCAGCCUAUAGGAGCAACCCUGAGGAGACAAAGGAGCUUCAGAGGCAGGUAAGUGAAUAAGGGGUACGUGAGGGA